AUGCAGCCGAGGUGGUUGACAUACAUGCCUGAGGGAGCCCGCCUGGCUGCUCUGCAGGUGCUGGUGGCGGCGGCGCGCGGGCCCGCGGCGCUGAGGGUUCUGGCGCGGGACAUGCGCCACCGCCUGGAGACACCGCAGGAGCGCCUGCAGCGGUCGUGGCUGCAGCCCGAGCGGCGCCCCCUGUUCGAGGCGGCCCUCGCCUGCGACAACGCCGGGAGCGGAGACGGCGAUGCUGACGAGGCGGCCGCCGACGAGGAUAGCGACGGCGCGGGCACGGAGGGCGGGGAGGGGCCCGCGCCCGGCGGCAGGUGGUGCGGCGGGGGGGCGGCGGAAGAGGACUUGGAUUUCGUGAUGGUCCAACAUGAGGCAGCAGCCAUGAGCGCAAUGGCGGCGCCGCUUCCGCCGCCGCCGGCGGCGGCGCCGGUCAUGAUGGCGGCGGCGGCGCCGGCCACCAUGAUGCAGAGGGACAUGCAGGGCCGCGUCCUGCAGUCCGCGCGCGCGGCGAAGCGCGCGCGGGUGGCGCCCAAAGAGACGAAGGAGUGGGCUGAGGCGGCGUGGUGGAAGCAGGACGGACGCCAGGCGCCGCCGGAGACGAUAGAGGAGUCCUUCUUCUGGGCCGCCUGGGCAGACCACCUGGCAGCAGCUUCCGAGGCAGCUUCCGCCGCCCCGCAGCCGCCAGCCGCCGCCGGCGCGACCCCGGCCAGGCAGCUUCCGCCCGCCUUCCUGCCAGAGGAUCUCACAGACGCCCCCAAGAGCAUCUCGUCCGCCCUGGCCGCCCUGGCGGUGCUGGGGCUGCGCAUGGAUGGGGAGCCGGUUGCAGAUGAUACAGAUGGCGGCGUGGCUGGUGACGGCAGGACGCCAGGGGGUGGCAGGGGCUUCAGCCGGGGGCCCGCGCCGGGCGGCGGCGGCGGCGGCGGCGCGGCGAUUACGGCGCACGUGCCGUGCCUCGUGUACGCGCGCCAGACCGCGCGCGUCGCCGGCGGAGACACGGACGGCGGGGCCGGGGGUGUUGUGGUGGGCGUGGUGGUGGCGGAGCGCCUGUAUGAGGCGGCGCGGCCGACACUAGUGGACCCAGAAUCUGGGGAGGAGGUGGAGGCGAGCGUGGAGGGCCCCUUGGUCGCGGGCCGCCCCUACGCGCGCGACAUAGUCAUCCCAGAGGGCGCUCUGCCCCUUGAGGGCAAGCCCCCCACCCUCGCUCAUCAGAUCACCCUCGGCCCCUACAGCUGCCACGUCAGCACCAUGCACUUCUACUUCCCCCGCCCCGGCACCUUCGCCCAGCCCACGCCCUCGGUCACCCGCGGCGGCCGCGCCGCGUGGCUGCCGGCCGCGCCGCCGCGGCCGCUUACCGUCCAGGGGCCCGGCGAAGCAGCAGCCCCCGCCGACGGCGGCGUUGCGGCGCGCGGCGCGGCGCCUUUUGAUUGGGAGGCAUUCGUUCGCCGCGCCCCUCCAUCUGAGGUCCUGCGUUACCUCGAGACCGGCGACCUGUCGGUGGCUGACCCCCUGUCACUCGUCACCCGUCACUGCGGUGACGCCGGGUUCUUCUCGGCCGCGGUGGCCGCGCUGUCAUCGAGGGGCGUGUAUGACGAGGAUAUUUGGAAGUGGGCGGUGAAGCACGGGCACAAGGCGGCGCUGCGGCAGCUUCUGCCUGGGACAGACCUGGUGCGCGACCUGGGGGUGCCCCUGGUGGCGCCCCUGGUGACGGUCGGCGACGUGGCGGGUGACGCGGGUUACGUGCGGCACCUGGAGUACUACCCGUGGGUGAACUCGUACUGCAGGCCAAUCCCGGAUGAGGACGGAUGGGGUGAGGACUCGCACUGCGCUGGGGUGUGGCAUUCGUCGCAGAUCAGGGAGCAGUACGCGGCGUUCCUGGCGCAGCAGCUGUUUUUGGGCCCCAGCCUCACGCCCCACGCCGGGCUGCAGGCCUGGCGCAAGCGCUUCCAGCAGGCGUCGGCCACCGCCGCGGCUGCGGCCGCAGCAGCGACGCCCGGCGCGGCCGUCGCCGACGCGGCGGCCGCCAUGUCCGCAGAUUCCGAAGACAAUGAGCCACUGCUGACGCUUGGCGGCUUCGACCCCGAGGGCCGGCUUCUCGUCAGGUCCCGCGGGGUGACGUCACUACGCGUCAGCGCCUACACGGUCGACGCGGAGCUGCUGUUCACCUCGGACCCCUUUGGGCAGGCCGCUCUCGGCGGCGGCGGCGGCGGCGGAGGAGGAGGGCUGGGACGCGUCGCGUUUGUGCGGCCGACGGCGUCGGCGACUGUGCCAGUGGCGGCCGCGGCCGGCGGGGACGGCGGCGGGGAGGGCGGCCUGGCAUUGUCGGCGCUGAGGCUGUCGGAGGUCCUGCGGGGCGUGGAUGACAGCAGCAGCAUCUUGGUGGAGGUCAGCGGCGGCGGCCUCACCCGGACGGCUCACAGGUUUGCGAGCCGCCUGCAGGUGCACGUGUCGGAGGCCCUGGGCCUUGCGACUGCCCUGGUCGCGCCCCUGCGCGGCGCCACCGGGGCGACGGGGCCGGCCGCGGCCGCCGCGCCGGCGGUGGGGGCGUACGUCAAGGUGUUUGCGAGGAGCGGCCCCAAAGGGGCGCCCUGGUUCCACAAGGACGGCUACACUGACAUCCGCGGCCGAUUCGAUUACGCCGCCUCAACCACGGCCGGCGCCGCGGGCGACCAGCGGCCCUCGGAGUUUGCGCUGCUUGUGCUGCUGGCCGGCGCGGGGGCGGCCGCCUGCAGGGCCGCCGCGCCGCCCAGCCAGUAG